GGUUUGAUUGCAAACAAUGUGAAUGGACUAGAAGUGAACUGGAACCAGGGGCAGACUGACCAUUUGGAAACUCGGGCACUGCCCGAGGGCCCGGGGUCAGUAGGGGGCCCCAUGAGAUGCCCCUGGUACCUUUUUCAUAGGCUUUUUUUAAUUUGGGCAAGAAUACAGGGGCCCCAUGAUCCCCUAUUGCCCGGGGGCCCCAUGAGUUGUCAGUCCGCCCCUGACUGGAACUUUAUUGUUAUUUCAUCCAGUGUGAUUACAAGCACAGGCCUUUGUCAGUAGCUGGGCCCGGGGUCAGUAGGGGGCCCCAUGAGAUGCCCCUGGUACCUUUUUCAUAGGCUUUUUUGAGUUUGUGCAAGGACACAAGGGCCCCAUGAUCCCCUAUUGCCCGGGGGCCCCAU